AUCCACUAAAUAAAACAAUUAAUUUGCCCUGUGUUUGUGCAAGAUCUCCUUUCUGGGUCCAUUUGGCAAAUAGUGGCGGCUCCACACCGUUUCAAAUUGGGGGGCCAAGCUGUAGGCCAGUUGUUGGAGGAUCCACAGGGGGUGCGCUGUGUGAGCCGUUUGCUCCCCUGAAUCCGCGCACCCCCAAGAACUGCCUAUGGCUCAGCUUUCAAGCAGUGAUUGUCUUGAAGCAUGACAUGACUGCAUCUAAUCUAUACUGACAGAUCUGAAGAGAGAACUGAAUAUCAAAACCCAAACUCAGGUUUAGUGCAAAGCAUUUUGUCAGGCAUAUUUGAGCUGCUACAUAAGCAACCACACAAUUCUAUUGUGUCCUACUGAGUCGUCUAUGCGUGGCCUAUGCCCAAAAUAUGUCAUUUUUGAGCAGAGAGCUUGACGGGGUUGCUGAAUCAUAUGGCCAUAUUAGUCUACUCGAACUCUAGAAUCAAAAACUUCUGUAGUUUACAACAUAGAAAAUGUAGACUUGCGUAGAGCUAAAUAUAUCUGCACUGGCUUCCACAUGAUUUAGGUGGGGCUUUAAAACUUACAAACAUAAUCAAAAUCAAAACAAACAGACUGAGGUGAAUUGCUUAGUGCUCCUGGUAUCUCAAGCAACAUACCUGGCUAACGUUAUUUGGCUGGUAAAUGCCAAUGUACAGACUAAGCCAAAUGUCAGUACUGCAGUACACUUUGAUGUAGCUAGCCAACUUACCAAACCGAGUUUUGCUUUUGCUGUCUACAACGCAGUAACGUUAACGUCACAGCAAAUAAACCAAGUGAAAUACUCCUGGUCAACAAGCAAUGUUAGGAUACAACUACCUAAUGUCACAGUAAUUAUCUGACAUCAUUAACUAGCAGGUGACAAGUCAUAACUGGGUAGCAGUUAUGGUUAACAGUUUUUAGGUCAACGGAAUAGCCAGUUUUCAAGCAAUGUUAGCCAACACCGACAGCUUAUGGCUAGCGAAUGCCGACGUUAGCUAGGCUUCACAAGCUAGUUUGAAGAAUUCGUUAGCUAGCAAAAUAUCAUGCCAUUUGAAUUGUCACACAACAGCUUGGUGAGACGAUUAUCAUUUCCCAUAUGAAGGAAAGGAAACGGUGCCCAAUGGUUUCAGCUAGGUUGUGCAUGUUGCAUAAGCUCCAGCAAAGGAUAAAAUGAGAAUGUUCAUCAAUCUAAAUGUGGAAUAUGACUGACAAGCAUCUUAAGCGCUGCACAAAGUGGUCUGCCAUGGAGACUGGCCCCCCUGCAGGGACCAGUUCCCGUGACGAGAAAACUCACCUCCGUUCCAACUCAAAAGGGACUCCCCACUAUGGAACCAUUGCCAAUGGCCAAGUGGACAACUCACCGGAGACCACACAAAUCUCACCAAGACGAGCCUACAUAGCCGUGGCUGUACUGUGCUAUGUCAAUCUACUGAACUAUAUGGACCGGUACACAAUCGCAGGUGUACUUCAGAGUAUCCAGACCUACUUUGGUAUAAACGACAGCACAUCUGGCCUGCUGCAAACAGUUUUUAUCUGCAGUUUUAUGCUACUGGCUCCAGUCUUUGGCUACCUCGGGGAUCGCUACAACAGGAAGCUCAUCAUGGUUGCUGGUCUUGCUGUGUGGAUUGGGACCACACUUGGCAGCUCUUUCGUCACCAAAUCGUAUUUCUGGGUGCUGGUGCUGAUGAGGGCUUUUGUGGGGACAGGAGAGGCCAGCUACUGCACCGUCGCCCCCACCAUCAUCGGGGAUCUCUUCAGCGACUCUAAGAGGACCCUGAUGAUCUCCUUCUUCUACAUCUUCAUUCCUGUCGGAAGUGGUCUUGGAUACAUUGUCGGAUCCACAAUUGCCAGUGCCACAGGAGAUUGGAGUUGGGCGCUUAGGCUUAAUCCCAUCCUUGGAGCGUUUGGACUGGUGCUGUUGCUCUUUCUGACCCCUAACCCGCCAAGGGGAGCCUCCGACUUGCAGGGAGGGGUGCAAAUCGAGCGGACAUCCUAUCUGGAGGACAUCAAGUACCUCUUGAGGAAUCGGAGCUUUGUGUGGUCCUCGCUGGGCGUGACCGCCAUGGCGUUUGUCACGGGGGCGUUGGCCUUCUGGACGCCCACGUUUCUGUCCCGAGCCCGGGUGACCAUGGGCCUCAGACCUCCUUGCGAGAAGGAACCUUGUGACUCCUCUGACAGCUAUAUAUUUGGGGCGAUCACUGUGGUGACAGGAAUCUUGGGUGUGUCCCUGGGCACCUGGAUAUCUGGCCGGCUUCGAGACAGAGUGCCCAAUGCUGACCCACUGAUCUGCGCGGUGGGCAUGCUGGCUUCUGCUCCCUGUUUCUUUAUAGCCAUCAUACUGGCAUCGACAAGCAUCCCUGCAACAUAUGUCUUCAUUGGGAUUGGAGAAACUCUUCUCUCACUAAACUGGGCCAUUCUUGCUGACAUCCUGCUGUAUGUUGUUGUGCCAACAAGGAGGGCUACAGCAGAGGCCUUGCAAAUCAUGGUGUGCCAUCUUUUUGGUGAUGCUGGGAGCCCUUAUCUGCUGGGUGCGAUCUCGGACGCUCUGAGUAAAUACGACCCAGACUCUCUGACCUGGCGCUUCCGCAGUCUGGAGUACAGUGUUCUGAUCUGCCCGUUCAUAGGCGUGCUGGGAGGGCUCUUCUUCCUCAUGACGGCCCUCUACAUCAACGAGGACAGAAAGGCAGCGCAGCUACUGACCACAGGUGAACCUCCAGUUCAAGUUGUCCCACUGGCAGUGGAAGGCCAACCUGUAGCAUGAGGAAGAGUGUGUGUGUUUGUGUGGGGGGGGGGGGGUCACUACUGAAUGAAUGGCGCAAAAGCUAUGCAACAGUCUGUGACCCACUCUGGACACUUCCCUGGAGUGGGGGUGUGUGUGAGUAUAGUGACACUUUCAAAGCUUUUAAGAUACUAACAGUCUACGGUGAGCCCCAUGUCCUGCUAUAAAUUCAAGGGCUGCUACAUAAGGGUUGUGUCAAGGGCUGCUACAUAAGGGUUGUGUCAAGUCAAGACAUUGCUGUACAUUCUGUUGUUAUUUUUUUCCUAAACUGCUAAUAAGGUUGACUGUCACAAUAGGAAUUUUGUUUUAUACUGUACAUAGUCCUGAACCUGUAUCUACUGCCAAGUCAUGACUUUUUAAAAAAAUAAAUAAUAAUUAUAGUCUAUUUAAUAGGCCCACCAUAUGUCUCUAGCUGAGCUACACCCUACACAAUGUCUUACCUGUUUAAAACAUGCCCGAUUCAGCUUACUGUAGCUGUUCCACACGCUCGGCACAGCUGGUCUUCGUUAAUGAGAACGGCAGGGGGAGUAAACUUACCUGAGGAUGCUGCGCAGUGUAUAGUGCAGUCUGUCUCCAGCCACCAUCUUGGACUCCAGCCAUGAAAAAUGUACAACUAUUUUCUACGCCUAUGCCUUUUUUGUUCUGCUUUUUAUUCUGUUUUUUUACUCUUUUAAUUAAAACUCAAAGCUUUUA